AUGUCACUCGAAUCGCUACCCAAUGAGUUGAUCGCAAGGAUAUGUGACUACGCUGGAAAAGAUGACUUGAUGAUACUCCGACUCGCCAACAAAAGUACAUCAGUCUUGGCAACUAGGAGCUUCUCAACACGUUAUAUGGCCUGCAUCUCGGUACUGAUGACUCAAACAUGCCUGGAGCGUCUAAUAGCUAUAUGUGAGCAUCCAUCUUUCGGUCCUUGUAUUCGCAGGAUUCACAUUACUUCUGGUCGCAUACAUCCUGGAUUCGUGGCUGAGCUUGCGAGUGAGACGGCAAGCCUUCUCUCGAACAACAACCGGACACAGGAGCAGGCAGUAGCUGCGAAAGUCACACUUCAGCGCUGUUUGAAGCGAUCAGUUGAUGAGUACGAGCUUGGCAAGUCUGGUGCAGCGACAGAUCUGAUAUCCCAGGCCUUCACCGCGUUGCAAACCUAUCGAACCUCUGUGGCAUUACACAUAUCUUCUGGAACCUGGACGGACUGGGAUCUUGACCACGACACUAUCCUUCUAGACUGGGAUGGUUAUGACGGCCAUGAACCCAUCUCAGAUAACUGCCCAAAGACCACUAUUCAACCAUGUCUUGAGGCCAUACGUCGUAGUAAAUUGCAAUUCACCAAGCUUGACUUGGAAAUAGAUGAAGAAUCUUCCGAGGCGACAGAGCGCGCAUUCAAUUUAGAUGACUUCGAUGAAGAGGAGAUGGAGGUAUUCUCUGCGCUCAAGUCUGCCAAGUUUGAGGCUGAUUGGCCCCUCCAUGAUUCUUGUCUGCAGUCGGUGUCAAAGAUUAUCUCAUGCGCCAAGGAUCUCAAGGCUGUUCAGAUCUCGAAUUUUGUGGAUUUCGGAGAUCCAGAAGAGGGGGAGCAUGUAGCUACCUCGCUUGAGGAAUUCGAAGCGGGUGACCAUGCUCUGAAAUCCAUUGUGUCAGACCACAUCACAGACUUGACGAUUGAGUCUCUCCCAAUCUCUAAAGAGAGUAUUUUCGAAUUACUCAACAAGUACCGAGAUACUUUGCGGACUCUCAUCAUAAACGGAUGUGCGAUGAAGAAUGACUCAUGGAUCGACAUUAUCGAGUGGAUCAAAGAGAAUCUGCAGUCUUUGUCACUGCUCGAGAUAACCGAUCUUUACGAGGCUCGACAACAAGCCAACACUGGGCCUUAUCUCACCUAUGAGAUAGCUGUUUGCGGCACACCAGGUGCGCAGAUUGGCAUGGCGAAGAUUCAAGCGGCUUUACAGACGAUCCUCGAUGAUCCCUUGUUCGAACCAAAUUCAGCGGCAUAUGAUGAACUGUUCGUGUGA